UUCAAACUAAUUUAUAUGUACAACUAACAAUUUACUUUUUCUUAUCAGUCUCAAAUUCAUAUCCAGAUCUGUUUAUUGUUGGCUAUAGCUUUGUUCGAGCAUAGUCAGCCAGUUUCGUGAUUUUGUCUCAAAUGAAAAUGGGAGAAAACAAUUGUUGGGAGAGAGAAGUAUUGAUUACUGAGCUAACAAAGGGGAAGGAAUUGAUGUUGCAACUACAAAAACACUUUGAUCCCAUGAAACAAGAUGUGUGCCAGUAUUUGGCUGCAGAAAUACUUUCUUCCUAUGACAAAGCUAUGUCCCUCUUGAAUGGCACAGCUUUAUCAGGUAUGAUGAUGAGCAAAGGUAAAGAAAUUAUUCAUCCAGCACCGUCUUCAUCAAGUGCGUCCCAGCUGGAAUCUCCUCAUCUUCUCGCUGAUAGUAGCACUAAGAGUUGUGACCGCCCCUCUAAAUCCAGGAAGAGGAAGACGCUGGCACGAAGGACAGAGUAUGUAGAAGCUCGACCCGGAGAAAAAGUUCCACCUGAAGAUGGACUUAGUUGGAGGAAAUAUGGACAGAGACUUGUCUUAGGUGAAAAAUAUCCCAGAAAAUAUUAUCGAUGUGCUCCUUGUUGUUGUGGGGCUACUAAGGUGAUCCGGCGAAUUGAUACAGAGCCAUUAACUUUUGAAGUUACCUAUGGAGGAAGCCACAAUUGUGAUCAAGAAAACAACAACCAAAAUGAACAACUACUGCUUGCUGUGCAAACACAAGUUGGAGGAACAGCAGGGGAACUAUCUGAUUUCUACAUUCGUGAGAUGGUUUCAACCCCAAAUAAUUCGUCCUCAACAGGGGUUGUAUUCUCAAACUCGAAUUCAGUAUUUAACAUGAACAACUCCGACUUCAUCCCCACACCAACUUCUUCACCUCAUCCACUUGACAACAAUAGUCUCACUGAUUUCUUGUUUUUUCAUGAAAGUAGCGCGAAUGAUUUCAAUUCGCCCAAUCAUAUCUUGACAAAGUUAUCAUUUGAUCACUACCUUAUUUGAACAUGCUGUGCCUGGAAAUUAUGGUGAUGCUGCUCUGUUUUACGGUGCUGAGGGGUGUCAAAAUGAGCUCAAAUAUAGGUAACAAGUUAUUCAUCUAGAAUUUUAUGAGUUUGACUCGAGAUAAUUUGAAUCAGAGUCAAUCUCAACGCAUUUAAGUAUUAACCCAUUUUAUAAAAAUCUUCAAUUGAGCUCAAUAUAAUUUCCAAUUUUAAUCUAUUUUAAGA